AUAAAAUACUAUCGGAUUUAAACAGGUUAAUGUGUAUUACACCAUGUUAUUAGCAACAGAACGAAAAUACGGCGACCUUUUAAUAUUGCAGGGAGUUCGCAUGUCAGUUGAGCGGAGUGCAUGUCAGGCAGGGUUGCCGGGUCGGGCGCACGGGCGCACGGAGUAACCCGCGGCAGUCCCUCGUCGACCAGCGCGCCCGCCGCCUGCCGCGCCCGCCGCGCCUCGCUCGCGCGCCCCACACACAUGGACUACGAUCGACCAAUCGAACCUCCACUUUAUUUUAUAAUCACCACCUUACCAACCCCCAACAUUCACUUCACCAUCAUCGAACGAACCCUACGAGCUUAAAAUGACAAUCAAAAGCCAGUUGCGAGAACUUUUGACGACUUCGAAAAACUCUUAGUGAUUGUCAUAACCCCACUUGACAACCCCGCUUCAAAGUUUUUUUAUUGUUCAAAAAUGCUUCUCAGAGUAAAAUUAUAUCGGAACCUAUUUAUACACAAGAAACGACUGAAAUUUUCUGAUUGCAACCUUUAAAAAGUUUACACACGGUUUAUGAACUAUUUACACUGUUUUACAAAUAGUUUUGGACAUUAUUUUUAUCCUUCGUAAAAACUACCCCUAGAACUUUAAGCAACUAUGACCAAGACAUUUAAAUAAACAUAAUAUAAGUGUGCGUUUGAACUAAAUAGUAUUAGAAGUGUUGAAAGACAAUUAAGUGUGUCAAUAGAUUAGUUUUACUUUAAGACUAAUUAGUGGGUGUUUUAGUGUAUUUCUAAAUAAUCAUCCUACCCUACGGCUAUCCAUAUUUAAAUUGGUUGAAGAUUCGUAAUACGGAAUUGGCAGACAUUACACGAAGAAAACCCCUACCCUUCCUACUAUGGCUCAAGAUCCCGUCCAUAAAACAUUCCUUAAUCGUUCUUCAACUUACAUCGUAGUGCGCAAAAGGCAACUUAACAUUUAAAAACAUUCCAAUCAAUUUAGACCUUCAAAUUAUUCCCGUGUAAAUCAAACGAAGGAUAAAAUACGGAACAGGGUUACACGUCACUAAAUCUCAGUAGUGACUCAAUCGACGCGCGUAAACCUCUUCGGAGGGCGCGAGGGGCCUGCGCAAUGCGGUCUCGCCAGGGAUGUACGUAAUAUAUCCUGCGGAUGAAGUAGUUUCCCUGACAUACAGGUCGCAAUCGCUGCCACGGCCACGGCAGCGGCCUACGCUUGACAUAAUCUACGGGCCGCCGCCGCGAGCGCCGACCAGCGCGCAACCCCCGCCCCGCACCCCCACCCUCAUCUGCGAUCAAACCCACCUCAAAACGGCGCCCCCGGAGCCACCAGAGCGCGCGCCGGCCUCGCCGACGCCGUCGCUCGAGCGCCCAAAGCUGCGCGAGCGCACUAAAGCGAAGCUGCUCAAAAAGCUCGGUCGCCAUGAGGAUAAUGAAUUCGGCAAAAUUGUUAGAACCCCCGCUCCCGAUGAGUUCGAAUUGCCCGCUCCCCUUCCUACUCCAGCGUUCUCGCGAAAAAACAUUUUCGACCGCAACUUCGACGCACUGUUCGAGGUUGCAAAUUCUCCACAAUUUGGGGCACACAUCCGUGUAACAACACCAGAACCGGAUCGACGCUCAGAUGUUUCCGCAGCGCACUUUCCAUCUCCGACCGCGUCGUCACUGAGCCUCCUUCCACCAAGGCCCCAUUCCGAGCCGAGUUCGUCUCCGGCCUCAGCUCGUACCUCCACGCCUUCGACGCCACCUACGCCACCACGGCCACCUGCUGAAGGUCCGAACUCUAAAUCGAAGAAAGUUAGUUUCUUCCGUAAGCUGAGUCGAGCGAGAGAGGCGACGCCAUCGCGUUCCUCCACCAUGCAGCAGCAGCCGUCGGUGGAGAUGGCGCUGCGGGAACUCACGCACCCCACUCAUAAUGAACAGCUUAAGAACCAACAGCAAGUCACAUUCAAACUUGUCAAAACAGUGGUGGACUUCACGACGCAGCUCUCGCAAGCGUACGAGAGACACUCAUCGGAGAUGCAGAUCCUUGUGGCGAACUUCCGCAAGCGAAGCAGCGAGCUGAGGAAAGAAAGAGCAACGUGCCCAUCAUCGCUGUUCCACACUUGGGAGACGCUUCUCCAGGAGGUGGAAGCCGAUGUCCUCGGGUACAACAACGCGGCGCAGUCGCUGGAGCGCCUGGUGGCGACCCCUCUCAUAGAGCGCUCCUUCCACAUGAAGGUCCAGGCACGCAAACUGUUCGCCCAUCGAGAAGGCUGCGAAGUCAUUCUUGGAAAGGCUGACGAUCAACUGACGAAGAGUCGUCAAGACUACAGAGGAGCUUUCUUGAACUACUGCAACAACCCGACGCCCGCGACGCUGGCCACAUACUACGACUCGCACAAUACGUACGUGCAACAGCUGACUGCCACCAACGCCAUGCUGGACCAGUACCACAAGCACACCCUGCCGACGAUACUGCAGGAAUUGGAGGAAAUAUUGACCGACGUAACUUCAGCAGUCAGUGAAGCCAUUUGUCAAGAGGGAGAAAUUAUUACGGAUAAGAGCAACAACCAGCUCCGUCGCUAUGAGUCGCUGUGCGCCCAAGCGCGAGCAGUGUCCAGUACUGCUGACCUGGCGCACUUGGCUCGCACGCUGCUCACAGCACAGCCGCCGAUGCGACCACCGAAGAGGGCCUUCCUACCACCCUACCCUCCAGAAGCCGACGACCCGCCGCUGGAAGUACCUGCGGAGAGCAUGCCGCCCAUUUUGCGCGGUGAGAUACUCCUGGACCGGAUGGGCGCACAAGCGCGCGUUAACUACGAGCAGCUCAAGAAAGAUGCAAUGGAUCUAGAAUUGCAGAUCAAACAGUUACAGGACGGACUCGAUGCACUCGCUCGUCACCAAAGCAGGGGCAUUGAAAGCAAUCUGUACAACAAAGUUAAUGAAAUACAGGAAGAUAUUUCAUUGAAGAAAUAUGAAUACAGGGCGACGCAAUUGCAUCUAGCUGCAGUAAGAGCUCAGAGGGAAUUGUUUGCGGCAAAAGCAGACAGCGGAGCGGCAGCGGUAGAUCGUAAACUAUCGUCAUCGUCGGCUGGAAGCAUGAAGAAUAAGUGGUUGAAGGCUUUCCGCAGCCUGAAGCCCCCCAGCGCCCCCCCACCCCACGCCGCCCCGCCAGACAAGAGGAACGGAGCAGCAAGAGACGCGAUGCGAGGUGGUGGAGAUUCCGAAGCGCAUAACUUCCAAGAAUACACGUACAAGAAAAUAACUCCUUGCGACGUUUGCUCACAAGUCCUUAGAGGCCACACUCGCCAGGGGUUGCGUUGUCGAUUAUGUAAGAUGAACGUGCACACCGACUGCAUGCCUCAAGUAGGCAAGUGCCAGACUAAGUCUCGACUCCUACGCAGGCAGAAGAGCACUUCCGAGAUAGAGUCUCACAGAGUACUAGAGACAGCCUUCGACGAUGAAAGUUCAAUGAAGAAUUCGAAGAGUGCCCAAAUGUUGAGGCAAGCAGACCGCACCAGUCCCUUACCUGCGCCGCAUUCUCCGAGACGUCAAAAGUUGAACCUUAGAAUGAAGAGUUUGUCGCUGGACUCGCCGGAGUGUGGCGAGCUGCGGCGGCGGCCGGCGCGGGACCAACCCUCGCAGGGCAGCCGCGUGCUAUGUAAUUGCAGAGCAGCUUGCAUGAGGCAUGGCUUUAAUAGAAUGAAUAACUACUCAAUUCAUAGCUAUACACGUUCAUCUCCGUCGUCACCGGUACAUAGCCGGAGACUGUUGAGCGCGCGCGGCGGCAGGAUGAGCAGUGUGGAGCUGCCUGAUGAGCCGGACAAGAGUCUGUCAUCGAACAGUGCGAGCCCUUGUCCCUCGCCGGUCAAACAACAGAGCAAACAUCAACGUCUCCUGCCAACAAACUUGUACGUGAUCCUUUACAACUUCAAGUCUCGCCACGCCGACGAGCUGGAUCUUAAGGCUGGGUACAAGGUCACUGUGAUCGAUACCUCGGAUCCUGACUGGUGGAAGGGCAAAUGCCUCGGCAAGAUCGGAUACUUCCCUUCCAAGUACUGCACUAAGCUUCAAGCCGGGGAGAGGCCGCUGCAAGUGACGCAUAAUCUACAGGUAUCAGAUGGCGACAACGGAUUGAUGCUGCUCCGCGAUCAGAUCGUGAUCCAAGUCGGUGAUGAGGUUGACGGUAUGGUGAUGAUCCGCUCCGGGGAUAACCGCCAGGGCGUUUGUCCGGUUAAAUUUCUACAGGAAGUGUGACGCUUUAAGCUGCCGAAUUUCCAUUUUAUAAGAAAACGUGGCUCUCUAACUGACGAAACGAUACCUAUACGAUAUGAACCAAAGACAAUCCGGAGUGCUCCAGUGACGCCGUGCGACAGCGAAACAUCCACGUGGUCGGAAAGAAACCGUAGUAAACACAGCUACGAAUUUCCCUCAGGAUACGCAUCUAGCUACGGCGACUACGAGAAGUCUAGCUACGAUACCUACGACAAAUCUGGCUACGAUUACACUAAAGCAAGCUAUGAACCGUCUACAUCUUCAGCUUCGCACAGUAAAGCGACUUACGAAUCUGGAGCAUACGAGAAGGGUUACGAGGCAUCGUAUGAUAAGGCGGGUUACGACGGUUACAAUAGGGGGGAUUACGAAAGGUCUACAGGGUAUGAUAAGGGGGAUGGUUACAAGCACAGUUACGAGUGCGAGGGCGCGUGGUGGCGGCGCGGGC